AUGGCAAAAAUGAGUUUCUCCUCCUACAUAUUAAUACUAACUUUUUCUUUGCUUUCUCAAGGUGUUUCGCCUUCAGCCUCCAAGUCAAUAAGAAAUUUAGAAGAUGACAUGGUAUUUAAAACGCUGAGGCUGGGAAAAGCCUUUCAGAAGGAAGAUACUGAAGAAAAAUCAAUUGUUGUUCCUUCCCUGGAGGAAUAUAAAAAUGAUGAGAGCAAUUUCAUGAAUGAUGAGGAAAACAAAAAUUCAAAGAAUGCAGGUUCCAAACACAAUUUCUUAAAUCAUGGUCUGCCACUGAAUCUGGCUAUAAAACCUUAUCUUGCACUAAAAGGAUCUGUAGCUUUUCCAGCUGAGAAUGAAGUUCAAAAUACUGAAUCAAUACAAGAAAAGAGAGAAAUUGCGGAUGAAGAAAACUCAGCUAAAUUUCCUAUAGGAAGGAGAGAUUUUGACAUGCUCAGGUGUAUGCUGGGAAGAGUCUAUCGACCUUGCUGGCAAGUCUGA